AUGAAGAAUCUUAAUAUUCUCAAGCCCUCUAAACUGGAUGUGGAUCCAAAUUCUCCCACCGCAAGCAAAGAGUGGAAACACUGGCAUCGUUCAUUUACAAACUACAUUGAGGAAUGUGGAGAAUCUGCGCCCGAUAGGUUCAAGACUUUAAUAAACUGUGUUUCUUAUACCGUGUACGACCAAAUAGAAGAGUGCUCUGACUACGAAAGUGCCAUUAAAAUACUGCAAAACUUAUAUGUGAAAAUUCCGAAUGUGGUUUUGGCGAGACAUUUGCUAGCUACCAGGAAACAGCACCCGGGCGAAUCUUUAGACGACUAUCUACAAGAACUUCGAAAACUGAGUAAGGACUGCAACCUAAAGGCAGCAUUGACUGCAGAACAAUAUCGCCAGGAACUCAUCUGCGAUGCUUUCAUCAAUGGCAUUGCUUCACCUCUGAUAAGACAACACCUUUUGGAGAACGAGACACUUGAUUUAGAGAGUAUUUACAGUCAAGCCUAUUUACUGGAUCUAGCCCAACGUAAUGUUGAUGCCUAUGCUUCUAUAAGUGUCACUAAUGCACUAGAAAACAAAAACAAAAAACAACCACAACUUCAGACUAAGUCUGGACAACAACAACCUCCUCCUCUUCUUCCUUCUUCUUCUUCGUCUCAGUCUGAAGAAGUUGAUCAGAUGCUUGUUGUAUCCAGCACGUAA